CUAACUGAAAAAUUUCAAACUAAAUGAUGAUAUUCAUAGACGAUAGGAUGAAAAGGGACGGGCUAUUCUCGAUGAGAACCACCAAUUUUAAGGCAAGAAUGUGCAUUAUUAUUUGUGUUGUCCACACAUAUUACACACACGCCUAUAAAAUUCAUCAGUAAUGAAUUCAUUGUUUUUGUUAUUGUUGAGAUAAUCGUCAUUAAAAAAAAAAAUAAAAAUAAAAACAUCGAAACGAUACACACAUAUUAUGCAUCUAUGAUUGUGAAAAAAAAUUACGUCCUUUCUCGUCUGAUCAAUGAUCUCCUAUCAUUCUCCACUUUUAAUGAAUAUUUUUUUUCAAAUCCAAAUCAAAUUCAUAUAUUGGUCAGCAUUACUAUCAAUAAUUAAUCAAUAUUGAUUAUCAUCAUCAUCGAUUUUUUUCAUUAAAUCAUUUUUGGUUUUAUAAAAUAUUUAAUGUUGUUUGUUCAAACUGGCUCGUCGUUCCAACAAUUCAUUACAACCAAAAAUGCCUCGUGAACGUAAGAGCGCCAAAAAUAAACAAUCGGCCAUUGCCGUUGAUCAUCAUUUGGAUGGCUCUGAACCACCGGUUGUAAAAGCUCCGAAAAAACGACGAGGAUCUGCAGCUAAUUCCGGUUCUGGUAUGAGAGGUAAUGCCAAUCAAAAUCAGAAUGGUGAUUCAAUGAUGGUUCCACCGCCACAACCACUUGGAUCUGGUUAUGGUGAUACACUAUAUGCAUCGAAUCCAUUUGAUGAUACACCACCAAUGUGUCCACCUAUUCCUCCCGGUGGUAAUGCACAUCCUGUUGGUAUGCCUCCACAAAUGGGUGGUCCAAUGUCACAGCAUGGUCCACCUAAUGCCGGUCCAAUGAUGAAUCCGAAUGGUCCAGGAGGAAUGAUGCCAGGAAAUGCUAGAAUGAUGGGUGGUGGUGGUGGUCCACGUGGAAUGUCACCAGGUAUGGGUCCAAAACCACCCGGAAUGAUGGGUGGUGGUCCACCACCACCUAUGCCUGGUGGUGGUCGAUCAUAUCCACCCGAACAAUCAAUGGUGUUCAAUGCAGCCAAUCCAAAUGCACCACCAAUCUAUCAAUGUGGUUUCUGUCGAAAAGAAAUUCAUGAUAAUGAUCAAGCCAUUUUAUGUGAAUCUGGUUGUAAUUUUUGGUAUCAUCGUAUCUGUGUAGGCAUAUCUGAACGUGCAUUCAUACUAUUAACACAAGAAGUUUAUGCAGAAUGGGUAUGUGAUAAUUGUAAUAACAGUAAAAAUAUUCCUCUCAUUAAAUUUAAAUCAUAAAGAAAAAAAAAAUGAUGAUUAUCAUUAUUAU